AUGAAUAGAGAAAUUGAAAUUCUGUCUCCGGCUUCCUAUAUCGAAAAUUCGAACUGGUUGUUUCAAGAAAACAAGGGUUCUAAGUGGACUCAAGAAGAGAACAAACUGUUUGAGAAUGCUUUGGCUUACUAUGAUAAGGAUACUCCUGAUAGAUGGAUAAGGGUUGCAGAGAUGAUUCCCGGAAAAACUGUAGGUGAUGUGAUUAAGCAGUAUAGGGAGCUUGAAGAAGAUGUUUGUGUUAUUGAAGCAGGUUUGAUACCGGUUCCUGGUUAUACAACUAGUUCUUUCACAUUGGAUUGGGCUAAUGAUGAAGGGUAUGAUGAGUUCAAGCAGUUUUGCAGUGUUGGUGGGAAAAGGAGUGGUUCGACUCGACCGUCUGAGCAGGAGAGGAAGAAAGGUGUGCCAUGGACUGAAGAGGAGCAUAGGCAAUUUCUGCUGGGUCUGAAGAAGUAUGGUAAGGGGGACUGGCGAAACAUCUCUCGGAAUUUCGUGACUACAAGGACACCAACUCAAGUUGCAAGUCAUGCUCAGAAGUAUUUCAUAAGGCAAGUUUCAGGAGGGAAGGAUAAAAGGAGAUCAAGUAUCCAUGACAUCACAGUGGUGAAUCUCCAAGAAACAAAAUCUCCUUCAUCAGAACCUUCUCUGGACAAUUCGGUUCAGCCUGCGAAUCAACCACAGAACCCUAUCUCGUUUGACCUGGUUAAGCAGGAAUAUGACUGGAAAUCACAAGAUGAGAUUACGCCAUUUGUUUUCAAUUCAACUAAAGGAAACAUGUUUGUGGCACCAUUGUGUGGGAUUUCUUCACACGAAUCGAAAUCACCAAGGCGUAGUAAUGUACUUCGAGGCACACACCAUGGUUACCAGUUUUCGCCGUUUGAAACUAUUUUGCAAAUGCAAUCUAUGCAGCAUCAAUGA